GGUAAUGAGUUUUUCCAGGAGCACAAGUAUGCUGAUGAUGCUCUGAAUAGUUAUCUUAAGGUCCCUGUGAUGGCUUUCAGACCAUCCCUUGAAGCUAAACUCAGGCAAUUGUUGCAUAAUAUUUGCUUACAUGAGUUUAAGCUUUGCUCUGAUACUGCAAAAGAUUUUGUUAAGUUAUUAAAGGGAGAAACUGGCAGCGAUUUGUUGCGUCUUUAUUUCCAGAGCUCACCCAACUUUACUGAGCUUCUCGAGGCAUGGAAUCUUCAUCAUGGAAAACAAGGACUUUCCUAUAUAUUCUCGCUUAUCCAGACCAUUUUGAGUCAUCCAGAGGGAAAAUCUUCUGAUAUUGGAAGAGCUCUUGACCAGUUUUGUAGGUUACUUAUCGAAAAAAAACUGUUAGACAUUUACAAAGCAUUAUCCAACACAAAACGUUUACAGAAUGCCGCACUUUCACUCUUGGCUUCUAUCGUUAGACGUGGUCCAGGCAUGGCAUCAGAAAUGGCUAGGACAUUUGAUUUUCAUGGUUUCCCAAAACAGGCACCGAGGCGGGCUUUUGUUGAAUUUGCAAUAUCAUUCCUUCAAGUUGGGAAGCCUUCCUUAUUAAAGUCUAUCUUAGAGAAGAAGCAACUCUAUUCUCAACUCCUACAAGGCCUUGAGGAAGACGAUGACGACACUCUGGCUUCUGUCUUGUCUACCUUGAAAGACAAGAUCCUUGUUCAAGAAUCAUCGCUUAGUCCUCGGCUUAUGAGUGCUCUCUUUGGACCCAAAACACUAGAGCAGCUAGUCAUCAUUUCAGAAAGAGAGGAUGGUGGGAUUGUGAAUGAGUUGGCCUAUGAUGUUCUUGUUAAAGUUUGUACAGACCCCUCUAAUGGAUUGAUGCCAGAUGCAUACAGAAAAGGCAAUAUAAAACGACUACUUGCCCUCAUGAAGAGCUUGAAAGCUACAGAAACUGGUUAUCCCAGGGAUUUGCUUUUAGCCAUUAUUAGGGGUAGACCGUCUUUAGCUUCUGCUUUCUUUGAUGAAUUUCCAUACAAUGUGGAAGAUUUUACAUCACCUUACUGGUUUUCAUCUAUUUCCCUGGCAGCAGAUUUGGUAUCGUCUGUAAGAAUGUCAUCUUCUUUUGACUUUCUCAACCCAGAUAAACCUCCUUCUGGUGGUUCAGAGGUCCAUACUAUCAUGAAAUGCAUAUGCCCCCGACCAUUUAGCCAGUCGUUGAUCGCUAGAGGGAUGCACCAUUCUGUUUUCCUUGUGAAACAUGGGACUUUGAGAUUUCUCUGGGAGACGCUGAGGCUGUGGGAUUCUUUUGUUACUGCUUGGAAACUUUGCUCUGUUGACCAAAUUCAGGCUUCUCUUGAGCGGGAUAUCAUAGGUGAGGUGAUAAGUUUUUUCCCAGAUUUCCAGGUGUUAUGGACCGUACUAAAGGUGUCUCAAAAGCUAUCUUUGAAGAGAAAAGCAGAGUUGGAUAUUGGAUUAGUAGAUAGAAAAAAGCGUUUAAAGACAUCUGAGAUGGCUGUUUUGGAAGAAUUGGCUAGUGAUAUGGUCAUUGGUGGGCUAGGUUCUGAUACAAAUAUCUUUUUGGAAGAGGAUACUGGGGAUGCUCAGUUGACAGAUCAGGAAGAUGCUGAAAACGAAUAUCUUGGGAUCGUUUCAGAAAUUUGGGGUUCAGAGUUUUGUUCUAAGCCUAUCGCUUCGGUCGAUGAAGCAGAGAUGUUCUUUCAGAUAAAGCUCCUGGAUACCCUCGGGAUUUAUGUGCGUUCUGUGCCUAAUGUGCCUAAAGGGUUGUUUGAUGUCUUCAUGAAAUUUCUGAGCAGUUCUUCAAUUACGGCUGUUGGAAAUACUUUAUUCCAGCAAUGUGCAAUUGUCAGAAGCUCCUUGUCCCAUUUAAAAGGUGUAUCAAUUGGUUUUAGCCCCCUAAUUGUUUGUAUUCUGCAGAAGUGUGUGAAGCUACUAAAUUCUGAAUCUCAAGCAUAUUCUUUACCAAACAAGUCAGCAGUAUCUCUGUACGUCUACAGCUCAUUGAAAUAUAUUUUGCAAACUCAGGUAGAUCCCAGACCACUCUCAUGUUUGGUCCAGUCAGUUUUGUCUGAGGUGGUUGAUGGAUCUAAGGAUUCUUUAUGUGAAUGGUUGCCAUUGAGAGUGUUGCUGCUUUUUACACAAUCUUUGUCAGAACCUUUCAUCUUGCAUUCCGGAAGGACAACAUGUCGACUUGCUGACACUUCUUUUGCUGCCACUCUUGAUGAGAUAAAAGGACUGAUGAGAAGUAUUACUCCGGAUGAAGUUGGAGGAGUCGUUAAUGCGUUUUCUUCUGCAUUGAUAUGUGCAACGCCUGAAUCAAUUUUGAAGAAUUUUGCUUCUGUGAUGGCAGUUUCUUGGGAUCUCUACGGAACAUCAUUCUCAUUUUUACUGUCCAUCAUCUUUUUAGAGAAAAACUUCCUCGGAAACCUUUCAAAGCUAUCACCUGACUUAUUUAUGCGAGGGUUGGAACUUACUGUGUCAAGGAAUCUCCGUGAAGGAACAGUAGAUAGUGAGAUUGAUUUUGCUGACCACUCAUCCACAACUGAAAAAAUCAAGAGUAAGAUGGACAUUCCUGAUAUUGAAUCUCUUGCAUUCUCUGUAUUCUUAGAGCAGACUCCUUUUCCAGUAUUACUUAAUGAAAUUAUGAGCAUGGAUAUAUCUUGCUUACCAGAGUUUCCAAGAUUAACAGAGCUACUACUGCUUAAAGUUUCGCAACCUAAAAGUGAUAGUAUUGAAUCAGAUAUCCGAUUAAUACUAUUCUGGCUCUUCCAAAUACGAUCAUUGUACAAGGUUCAACCACACCCGGUACUCUGUCAACAAUCUGAGAUCUGCUUACGUCUAAUGAGGCACUUGUUCUCUCAAAUAUCAAAGCUUGACCUUGUUUCUGGACCUUCUGCAGAUAAGUUGAAGCAUCAAGUGCCCCAGACAGUUCUUUCCCACCCAGUUGUGAUGGCACUGUUGGAGAGUCCCGCUGAUUGUGACACAUUACCUCGAGUGCAGAAUGUUGAGGUUUUUUCAGAAACGUUGCUGACAGCGGGCAGGCUAGGUAUUAGUGAAAUAGAUCAACACAUCCUUGAUCUCUUGGCUUCUACUUGUGAGAACUUUUUGUUUGAGGAGAGUCAUAUUGAGCGGAAAGGGGACCUCAGGGCAGAUAAGUCAAUUAUGGCUUUUAAGGUCUUGGUUGAAAGGCUUCUCUUGGUAUUCAGAGACAAGUUUGAGCUUUGUGUUGGUUCUCAAAGUUACGCUCCGCUUCUCCAACAUCCACAAUUAAUUCAGGCUUUGUUGAAAUUUAUAUCACCUUUUAAACUUUUAUAUCUUGCACAUUCCAUGCUGAGUAAAACUUACGAGGAAGAAUUGGCGAGCCCGAUUCUCAGUUUCGGGUUGGAUAUUGCUGGCGGAGCUUUUGAAAUGCUUAUAUUGUAUUCACGCCAGCCUGCUGCUAAGAGAAGGGUCUAUGAUUUUCUGUGGGAAUUAGAAGACAAGAAUUAUGACAGUAGAAUUAUUGAGCAAGUGUAUAGCCUGGCAUGCAGGUUUUCUACCUCUUUUGGUUUGGCUUCGGCAGAUACUUGUUUGCUUAAAGUCGUUAGUGGCAUUUUCAGGGGGGGAAAUAGUCAGCAUUGUAGUGUUCACCAGUUGACGGUGAUAAUGUCACAGAUUGUUGGGAGAACUUCUAAAGACCUUAUUAUCCAUUGCAUUAACCAGGCAAGCAUGAGCAGGGCCAAGAUAUUGUUCUAUCUUGUGGAGUCCAGUCCCUUGCAUCUGUCAGUCUUUGGACACAUUUUCUUUAGUAUGCUAAGUAAACUACAGGGUGACUCUGCGCUUAUUACAGAUGAUCAGUUUGUCAUGCUUCUGCCUCCUGUGCUAUUGUUCCUGGCAUCAGUUUUUGCAAAACUCGAGAAGUCAUGUAGUAAAUGUUUGGAUAUAACUUCACUUUAUUCAAAUAUACUAAUAAAAGGUUUUCUUCAGUGGCCCAAGUUUUGUUCUGGCUGCAUCUUUGAAGAGAAGUAUGAAGAGAUUCUUCUGUCGACGAGUGAGGAUAUCGAAACUAUGUUUAAUGCGAGUCUUCUUGGGAAGGCAGUACGUAUGUUUCAGUAUCACUUUGCCUUGACUGAAAGUCCAACUAAAACAGACGAUCUCUUGAAGGUAUUCUAUUCCAUGUUUCCUCACACUAGUGCUGGCAAAGAGAUGUUGGAUUACGAGAUAAAAGAAGUGGACGUUAAGUCAGUAGACCAAAUGUUUAAUAUUACUAACCGUUUAGUUGCAAAAGUAGAGCUUUCAAGGAUCUGUUUGUUUCCCGAGGAUAGCUGUAUGCAUCAUUUAAAACGUCAAGCAGGUGGUUGUGUGAAGGAAAGUUCUCCAGAAAUGGGAUCCAACAGAGAGAGUUUAUUAAACCCGUUACUAAAUGCUUUCGUUAAUACUUGGCAAUGCGUUGUCGAGAGAUCUGAUGGUUAUUAUAAAGGGAAUUCCGAAAGGGAGGAGCAAGACAAAUAUUGGUUCCUGUGCAAAAGCCUUGAAUACUUCAUUUUGAGAAGUAUUCUAAAGUUUUUGGAAGGCAUGUGUGAGGAGCUUGCUCACUUGGAUUCCCUUCCUUUCCUGGAGAGGCUGAUGAACUUAAUUCUUCGGUAUAGAUUUAAGGACUCGAAGACAUUGAAGAUACUGAGGGAAAUUUUCUCCUUCUUGUCUAGAGGAAAGUACUCGUAUCAUUUCCAAGAUUUAGUAUCGCACUCUCAGUUUACAGAGAGUAUCAGUUCUCUUUCCAUUUCAUCCUCACAUACUGGUGAAGUCAUCAGGCCUGUCUCCAGCAUUCUAAAACUUCUUAUCAUCCCAAAUCUAAAUUCCGUCAGAGUUGAAAAUUGUAGUCUCGAAGCACCUGAGUAUUAUUUGAGUCAGAUAGAAAUUCUCAAAAUUCUCGGAGUGCUGCUCUGCAAAUGUGGAAAAGAUUCAGGAAUCUUUUUGAAAGAUUUGCACUUUCGUCUUUUGUGUUCUUAUGGUGCAACUCCGAGCGAAAUCGACUUGCAGAGCUACAAGCUGAUGCAUGAUAUCAAGUUGAUUGUUGGCGAACACACGCUGAAUGAUUCUGAAGAUUAUUUGUGGGGUAAUGCAGCCUUGAAAAUAAGAGAGGGACUGCCUUCCGACGGUAGUUAUUCUGAUAUAGUGGAAGAUCUCAGGCAGAGUCUUUUCAAAGAGAAUCUUUGUCUUGAUCCCAAAAGAUGUGCUCAAACUGUUUUGUAUUUUCCUUAUGGGCGAACUGCAGAGGCAUCAGAUAACACUUACAUAUAUGAUGAUCCAAUAAGCGAGAAAUGCUCACCUGCUAUUGAACGAUAUGAUCCUGUUUUCAUCCUGCGAGUCUCAGUACAAUUAUUGUCCAUGGUAUACAUUGAACCUGUGGAGUUCGCCAGUUUAGGCUUGCUUGCAGUGGCAUUUGCGAGUAUGUCUUCAGCAGAUCUUGGGAUCAGAAAACUGGGCUACGAAACUCUCGGGAUAUUUGUGGAUGUCCUUGAGAGUUGUAGGAAGAAUAUGCAUGUAACGGUGCUUAGGCUUCUGCUUACGUAUGUGCAAAAUGGAGUUGAGGAACAAUGGCAAAGAAUCCCAACUGUGUCUGCUGUUUUUUCCGCUGAAGCAUCUCUGAUAUUGCUGGAUUCUUCUCACGAACAUUAUGUUCCCAUAAUUAAACUUUUGAAGAGGUCAUCAACACUGAAGCUGAGGGGAAUACCUUUGUUUCAUGAUUUUUUCGGGAGUAGCACUGUUAACUUUAGAUCACAGAGGCUUUGGGUACUUCGCCUAGUGUUUGUAGGCUUGGAAUCAGAAGAGGAUGCUCAAAUUUACAUUAGAAACUCCAUCCUUGAGACAGUGAUGGGUUUUUUCUCAUCUCCUCUUGCCGAUGAUGAAACUAAAGGACUAAUCCUGCAGGUUGUGAGAAAGUCCGUCAAAUUGCAUAAGAUGGCCCGACAUCUAGUUGAAAACUGUGGUCUGUUGUCAUGGUGUUCGUCAUUUUUCUCAAUGUUGACUACAAAGCCCACUGGAGAUGAAGAUUCGCGCUUCGUAGUUGUCUUGGAGGUCAUAACUGAUGCACUCGCCUCCAGAAACGAUACAGAGUGGUCGCAAAGAUCUGCCCUAGAAGGGCUAAUGGAAAUAUCAUCUCGUUUAUACACACUUUUGGGUGAUGGAUUAGUAUCAAUGCAAGAAAAUGGUACUUCGAUACUAUCUGCUACUCUAAAGAUAUCACAUAAACGAAAAAAGAACCAGCCACAUUUCACCAUCACAAUCGAGGGGAUAUUUCAACUCUUUGAGGCUGCUGCUAACUGCGAUUCUCCUCAAGUCGAAGCUAGUGCAGAGGGUAGGCUUGAUACUAUAUUAAUGAGCACACCGCCAGUUGAGAUUAUAUGCAUGGACGUGCACAGGCUGAGAAGGUUUCUUUUGUGGGGAUCCUCCACAGCCUUGAAGAGUGACCUUAAAAAGGGAUCUAAGCCUGGUGAGUGUCAUCAAGAUACUAAAACACACACUGAAGAGACUAUGGUAGCAAAGUUUCUACGGUGGCUGUUGGCUUCAGUGAUUCUUGGGAAGCUUUACUCUGAAGCUAAUGAUUCGGACCAGAUAGUCUUGAGCGAAACAAAGCCAGAAACUUUGCCAACAUUGUUAGAAUACUUGAAGAAAAGGAAUCUCCAAGGCAGCGUGACAAAUUCGGAGCACAUAAUAGGGGAAGUAAUCGUGUAUCUCCAAAAGCAUCUGCUGUGUAGAAACUACGGGGUUCUUCUUCCCUCUGUUGUAUUUGCACUUUCUCUCAUGGUUCUUCGCAAUGGCCUCGAGACUACAGGUACCGAGUCAGAAGGUGGUUACAAGGUCAUCAGAUCUUUGUGUUCUAGAAUUAGUAGUCCUACUGAGGCUAUUCCGGUCUGGAGAUGGUCAUAUCAUCAGGAUCUUCCAUCUGAACGCGCCACAGAUCCGAAAGAGAUUGAUGAACUCUAUGCGUGCCAAGAGCUUUUGCUGAUAUUUUCGGAUAUGCUUCGAGAAACGCCACGGGAAUCUCAACAGACGUUGUUGCUUGGUGAAAGUUUUGACAUGUCUAGUGUAUUUGAAUGGGAAAGAGUCUCUUCUCUAUCAUUUCCUCUUCUUCGCUUCCUUCCUUUGCUGCCACAAUCUUCCAUCUCGCUCACGGUGCUUCCUACGAUACUCUCGUUCACCGAUUCGGGUGAUGAUUCACUGGAGGAAUGUGUGAAUGGUUGUGAAGCUGAUGAUAAUGGUGAGCAGGCCCGUGCCUAGUAAAGAAAACUUUAAACGUUGGCCUACGGCACUUGAUUUUUUAUGUAAUAUCAAGGGGCAUAUUUACAGUUUAUAAUAAUUCUUACAUAGUAUAGUAAUAAACGUAAUUU